AGUGCAUCGGAGUCCCUCGGCGUGAUCGGUUCGACGAUAUAUUACUGCUAGUUUGAUAUUGUAAUAUUUUGCUCAACGUUUUGUUUCGGAUGUUAGUGACAAAUCAAAAAAAAAGGAAGGAACCUGCAGUAUUUUGUUUACGUACGUGCAUAACGGAAAGUGUUGUUUAGAAAUUAUUAAGGAAGUACUUGUUUUUCAAUGGCUUCCUCUCAGUUGUUUGCUAUGGUGUAAAAAUAGAAUAUUCUAUUGAUAUAAUUAACAACAAUAUAUCAGUAAAAAGCACGAGAAGCAACGUUGAUGAAGAAAAAUCUGUUUAAAAAGCAACUCGGAGUGUUGUGCAACGCGAAGAGAUGAUCUUAAUUGGGUAGUGAAUUAAAAUCACGAUUGCAUUAUAAAACCCGAGAAUGGAGUAAAUUAGUUGGGCGGUUUUCAAUGGAGAAAUUACCCACUGAAAUCGAGAUAGAAUGUAGUCAGGAAAGACGAAAACCACGAUGACAAGGUGCCAUCGACAGUGAGAGUGGUGUGCCUGAGUGUGUGAAUGUGUUGCCAACAUGAAGCCGAUCACUUUCGAAUCAAUCCGAAAUUUACUGAAAACCAAGAAAAAACAAAAAGACAAAUCCAGCAUCGAUCAGAGUUUCAAGCGAAGCGAUUCAUUCAAGCGUAUCAGCAUACGGAAGAGCUACUUGGAGCGUGGACGGAAACGCAAUGCCGCUGCAGUGCUACGCAGCUCCACAAAGAAUCUGGUUAACAUCAAUGAGUUUGAAAACCAGGCCAAGGUGAUCAAGCAACCGGAUAAGUUGGUUAAAUCGUCCGGUAACAAUGAAGCCGGUAGCUCUUCCGCUUCGAAAGAAGCGCCUUCUCGACCCGUUCAUGAGCUUACAUUUGAAGAAAAGCUGGAAUCAAACGAUGCCUCACUGGAUGAGAAAAUUCGUGCUCUGCAGGAAAUCAACGAUCGCUAUAUUAGCGAAAAUCAAAAUCUGGUUGAGAAAAACUUUGAAGCUAUUAAAUAUGUUGAAAAGGUCAAAAUCAAGAAACCACCGAGACCCUCAAAACAGGGCCUCAAAAAGGCAAGGGAAAACGAAAUACAAAACACAAAUCCAUCAGAUCUCAAAACAAGAAGCUCAGAAUCUGUCAAUACGCUUACCUCCAACGAUACAAUUGAAUCUAACUCCCGUGCUAAAAACAUUUCCCAUGUUAGUAUCACCACUUCGGAUGUAAUUCCAGAAGAAGAUGAAAGUACAAUAUAUUCUUACGAACCGGAAACUCUAUCCACUAGUCGGAAGGCGGAAGAUGCUGAUGAUAAAUCAUUCUACAGCAUCAGUACCUUCACAAUCGAGAGUAAUACUAUGAACAACACCAAUGCUUCCUCCAGAAAAUCCUUUCGAAGUAGCUUCAGUACAUCGACCAAAACCACCGAACUACCGACAUUGGUAACAAUUAAAACUUAUUGCGAACCAAAUGCCUGCAUUCAAUCGACAACCCACGUCAACGAACGGUACUUGGAAACUAGUUUUGACAGUUAUCCGGAGGAUACUCUCACCCACAAUGCAUCCAAGUCCGACAUUUUGCCUGCAAAAUCGUCCAGUUUAAACAAAGCAGCAAUUUGCAAUGGAAAAUCUUGUAAUGAUACAAAAACAUCUUCUCUGAAAGACAUCCGGCCCAAGAUUAACACACAAACUUUCAAAAUGAUUCGAAGUAAAUCUCGAGAAGGAAUUGUUAUACGAAUCCCGGCAAUAGAUAACUAUCCGACGGAUACAAAUGAAAUCAACAACGGCAUUGUAGAAACAGAAAAUCUCAAUCGCCAGCUUAGCAAUGAUUCGGCGUUGGAUUUGAUAGAUGUAGAUAUUAAAGUUGACGAGAAAGAUAUGCGAAACAAAGUGGUUGAGUUGAAAAAUCAGAAAAACAAAUACAAAAAGAAAUUGAAAAAAGCAGCGGGAAAAACUGCAACUUUGGAUAUCGAAGAUUGUCGGAAUCAUACUUUCAAAAGUCAUGAAAAUUUUGAACUAGAACGAGGAUGUCCUUCGAAAGAGCGACCGGAACCAAAAUUUAUAUUCCCUAGUAAAUAUUUCGAAGAAGAAAAUAACAUAUUCUAUGAUCAAACGGUUUACGACGAAACAGAGAUUCCUUCUCCAGAAAACAGUAUCCCUUACGCUUUGCGAAUCAAGGAAAAUCCGUUCACCAAAAACAAAGAAUUUUAUUCGAUCAAUACUGGUCGCAUAUGGAAGCAGCUAAAUCUGGGUCAGGAAGAAGAUCUUUCGAUUCUAUCUGCAGCACCACGACUCCCAGUACCGAAAACAAAAAAUGAGUCAUUCAAAUCAAUGUCCUCGAGGGAUUCGGGAUUCAGUUUAACGCUGACAAAACCGAAGAAUCUGUUCCGACGGAAAUCUAAGAAAGCCACCCUGCUGCAACGAAGGAAACCCAAGCUAGCUGUCAGCAAAGAUGGUUACUUCAAACGAGUGAUGAUUGUACAAAGGAAUUCUUCGAAACGGAAGCGCUCUCUACGGAAGGCUCGUAUGCAGAGCAAGGAUAUUUUUCGAGAGUUGUACGAUGAAAAUUGGGUGAAGCUUGGGGAUGAUGUAACCGAUCAACAGGCGCCAGAUUUUGCUCGAGAUUUUGAGAAUUUUUGCAACAACCGACGGUACAAUCAACGGAUCAAUGAUCUGGAAGCGUUUUACGAGGAGCAUCUAAAAAGACUGAGGCAUUAUUAUAUACAAAAGAAAAAAAUGAACGAAGCUGCUAUAAAAGAGUUCUACAAAGAUUAUAAUGGGGAAGAUGAAAACGAUCUAUAUGACUCUUUCGUAGUGUCAAGAAACAAUACGAUGCGAUUCAAAAAUCAUAUCCAAAGAAAGUAUUUUCAGGAAAAAGAAGCGGAAAAUUCUAUGGAGUUUAUUUUUCCGCAUCCCGACAAGCGGAAAACAAACGGAUCAGCAGUGAAACAGAAAGUAAAAGGGAAAAGACAUCUGUUUCAUGAGGUUCGUCCUUGCGGCAGCUCUGUAGAACCAUCGAAUUGGGCGGAACUCGAACUUAAAGAGAUGGAGAUAAUGAAAGAAUUACUGAAACUUAAAAGAUCUUCUGUUACUUAUGACGAUGCCAAUUUCCAACUGUUGGCACCGACGAAAGCUCUGGAUGAGUUGCAGCAUAGGAAAGAAGGUCAAGUGCGUGAAAUUUCACUGGCCAGCAUAUUUCCUUCGGUCGAUGGAAAAGUGAAAUCAGGUCAAACAAAAAACAUCGGUGAAGAAGAAGAUGACGACGGUGAGUUCAGUGAAAAUGAGUUUCUAAUUAAUAGUAUCGGUGAAAACCUCUAUUGCGUUCGGUGUGACAAGGUGAACAGUGACUGUGAAUGCUAUGAUGAUACAACGGAAACGACCAAUGACAACAGUAACGACAACUAUGAAGAAGAUGAGUGCGGGGAACAAGAUGGGAAAGGAGACGACAAUGUACCGGAUGAUGAUGAUGAAAAUUAUUGUGAUGUACAUGAAUAUAAAGGUAUCAAUAUAGUGCACGUGAAUCAUAAGAAAAAAGUGAAAAGAAAAAAAUCGAAAAAACGAGUACGGAAAAAUCAUUCCACCCUGAGACGCGGCAGCUAUUGGGGCGAUAUUACUCAAAAAGGAUACGAAAAAAAGAGAACUAGACUUUUGCAGCCAUAUUCAACCAAAAAUGCACAACAAGGUGGCAACGGUGGUGGCGGUGGCAAUAAUCCGGGCUACGUAAAUGACAUUCAAUCACACCUUCACCAUCCAUCAUCCCAGCAGAAGCAUAAUAUAUUUGCCUCAUCUGGCAGUGGUGGCGGAGGCGGAGGUGGAGGGGGCGGUAGUAGGGAACGAGAUGACCGCCCCAGUGGCCAUCAUCAUCAGCAGCAGCAACAGAUUCCACAGAACCGUACUCGACGAAGCACCCAGCGAAGAGUUACACACAAUCAAAAACGAUACCAUUCAGCUGCGGGACGGCCAGAUGUGCACCCGGAUGAAUCCACUUGUCAGUCGAUUCGGCCGGUUCACCAUCACGUACUCUCGUCUACUACCUCAUCCGGAUCGUCAUCCUCCGAACUACCGAGAAAUGAAGUGCCAUCGCUAAAUACUAACUUCAAUAAUCUAGCGCUACAUUCGCCAGCAAUAGUGGCUGCCGCGGCCGCUCUAACAAAAUCACCGUCCAAAAGUGGUGCCGCCUCAGCGGCAGUCUCAGACAACGACCGAGACCACUCGGCGGAAACGCAUGUGAUAAUGCGAACGAAACAACAUCAACCAUAUGUGCGGCCGCCGGCACCACAGCAGAGGAUUGCCGGAUCAGACGGCUGUGCCGAGCAGCUACCACCUCCGCUUGAGACUAGUUUCGACCGAGCAAGUAAUAAUCAGGCUACAGCUAAUAAUAGUAGAAAUAAUAGAAGAAUUGGACGACACGAGAGUCGUUACACCAGUGAAGUACGACAGGAGGCUGUACAGCAAGCCUUAGCUGCAUUAAAAAAUCGCCCCAAACCUAGCUUACCAAUGCCAUCUAAACGAAGUUCUGUGCUUAAUCGUAGUCCGGAACGCGAUCAUGACGACACAGAUUCCAGCACCGAUGAUGAAUCAAUCCCGGAAGAAGGAAUCAUCGGCGGUCGAAUAUCUACACCAGAUCGUGACAACUACAACCUCCCGCGCGAUCACAUUCUUGGGCGAGAACCCAUGAAACUACCAUCGACUCGUGAUCACCACCACGUAAGCCAAUCAAAACAUCAAAAUCAGCAGGCUCCCAUAGAACGACGAUUACCCCAGAGCAUCCCGACACCAAACGCACAACAUGCCACUUUAUCCGACACUUCCAGUGCAGGAUCGCCCCCGGCGGUUCACCGCACAUACUACAAUCAGAAAAAUAGCUACGACAUAACAGAUAUUACGGAGUAUCAGCCGAGGCCAUAUGCUGCUCCGGAUAUUACUCAAUUCAGUGCCAACACACGAAGAGGUGCAGACCGUGUUACACGAUACGUAAAUCUCUCCAAUCAAGAACCCGGUGACACAAGUACAGCAGGGCGAUGGAAAGUUUCAGCCAAAAUUCAACAACUCUUGAACACUCUGAAACGACCAAAACGUCGGCCUCUACCAGAAUUUUACGAGGACAAUGAUAUCGAACUUGAGAUAGCAGCUAAUCCUAAGGAUCCAAAUGCACCGAAACCCGAGGGUAGUGUCAUGACAUCGGUACAAGGUGAGCAGUUGAUCGUACCAUCGGGUCUACCCCGGACACUGGAGGCUGCUCUACAGCGGUACGGUACCAGUUCGUUUAAGGCUCCAAUGGCAACGGUACUGGAUCCAAAUGGGAAAAUGACAACCACCCUUACCUACGGAAAGCUAUUAUCGAGGGCACAGAAAAUUGCGUAUGCACUAUCGACAAAGGUUUUCAGUAAAGGACCCGAACAAAUAUCUCUCAAACCGGGUGAUCGAGUGGCGCUCGUCUAUCCGAACAGCGAUCCGCUAAGUUUUCUUACCGCCUGGUAUGGAUGUAUGUUCCGCGGAUUGGUUCCAUUGCCGAUCGAACUACCCCUAUCCAGUUCCGAUUCACCACCACAGCAAGUCGGCUUCCUGCUGAGUUCAUGCGGAGUGCAGGUCGCUCUUACCUCAGAAGCGUGCCUGAAGGGUUUACCGAAAUCUUCCACUGGAGAAGUAGCCAAGCUCAAAGGAUGGCCUCGGUUGCACUGGUUCGUGACUGAACAUCUGCCAAAGGUACCGAAGGACUUCAAUACGAGUAACAAUCGCAUUAGCGAGGAUUCCAUCGCAUACAUCGAAUACACUACCGACAAGGAGGGAAGUGUUAUGGGUGUAACAGUUACACGUCAGUCUAUGAUAAAUCAUUGUCGAGCGUUGACGAUGGCAUGCCACUAUACCGAGGGGGAAACCACAGUCUGUGUUCUUGACUUCAAACGGGAAGUUGGACUCUGGCAUAGUAUUCUUACAUCAGUUCUCAACGGAAUGCACGUACUCUUCAUUCCGUAUGCUCUGAUGAAACUAAAACCUUCCUCUUGGAUGCAGCUUAUCACAAAAUACCGUGCUUCAUGUUGUCUAGUAAAAAGCCGCGAUCUGCAUUGGGGUCUACUGGCAACCAAAGAUCACAAAGAAAUCUCGCUUUCAUCUCUACGAAUGCUUUUAGUUGCGGACGGUGCCAAUCCAUGGUCUCUAUCUAGCUGUGAUCAAUUUUUAAGCGUAUUCCAAUCUAAGGGUCUGCGAGCUGAUGCAAUUUGUCCUUGUGCUAGUAGUUCCGAGGUAUUUACCGUCUCACUGAGACGACCCGGUCGGUCCGCUGGUGGUUACAAUCAAUCGGCUAGUGGCCGCGGUGUGCUCUCAAUGGCUGCUCUCUCACAUGGAGUUGUACGAGUGGAUAGUGAGGAUUCCCUAACUUCCCUAACUCUCCAGGAUUGCGGUCAAGUUAUGCCAAGUGCUACAAUGGUAGUAGUGAAUGCAGAAGGUCCUCCUGUGCUGUGUAAAACAGACCAAGUGGGUGAAAUCUGUGUAACAUCAGGGUCCACCGGAACAACCUACUUUGGCCUGGAUGGAAUGACUAAUGCUACUUUUAAAGUUCAACCGCUCACAGAACCAUCACCGGUUAAAGAGGGAGAAAUACAAACGCCAGGAAAACCUAUUGGCGAGGAAUUAUACGUUCGCAGCGGGCUGCUCGGUUUCCUUGGUCCGGGAGGUCUAGUAUUUGUGUGUGGUUCAAGGGAUGGUUUAAUGACCGUAACCGGACGCAAACAUAAUGCAGACGACAUUAUUGCUACUGUUCUGGCUGUUGAGCCAGUGAGAUUCAUCUAUCGAGGCCGUAUUGCUGUUUUCAGUAUCAAAGUGCUUCGAGAUGAACGCGUGUGCGUGAUUGCUGAACAACGGCCGGACUGUUCAGAGGAAGAGUCAUUCCAGUGGAUGUCUCGCGUGUUACAAGCAGUCGAUUCUAUCCAUCAGGUUGGGAUUUACUGUUUAGCGCUUGUUCCCCCGAAUCACCUGCCCAAAACACCACUUGGGGGAAUACAUCUGACUGAAGCUCGACGACGGUUCCUAGAGGGAUCAUUGCAUCCUGCCAAUGUGCUCAUGUGUCCACACACAUGUGUCACAAACUUACCGAAACCAAGGGAACUGCAUCACGGCUCUAUCCAACAACUUCAAAUUUCCGGCACCACACCGUCGUCGUCGACCUCGAUCAAUACCACCGGUACAGACGCCUCCGUCGGGCCGGCAUCGGUGAUGGUUGGCAAUUUGGUGCAGGGCAACCGUCUUGCUUCCGCCCAGGGACGCGACAUCGGACUGGCCGACGACAACGAGCGAAAGCAUCAGCUGAUAACUGGAGUGCUCCGAUGGCGGGCUAACUCUUCUCCCGAUCACGUGCUGUACACACUACUAAAUUCCAAGGGUGCUGUGGCUAAAACGCUGACAUGUUCCGAGUUGCACAAACGAGCGGAGAAAAUUGCCGCUUUACUACAGGAACGUGGCAAAGUGAGCCCCGGAGAUCAUGUUGCCUUGAUUUUUCCUCCAGGAUUGGAUCUGAUCUGCGCCUUCUAUGGCUGUCUUUAUCUCGGUGCUGUGCCGGUCACGAUACGACCACCACAUCCGCAAAAUCUCAUCACGACCCUGCCCACCGUACGAAUGAUUGUGGAUGUUUCCAAGAGUGGUAUCAUCCUAUCCAUUCAGAGUAUCAUCAAACUGCUCAAAUCCCGUGAAGCGGCCACUUCCAUUGAUCCAAAAAGUUGGCCAGUUAUUCUGGAUAUUGAAGAUAAUCCUAAACGGAAACUUGCUGCCAUCGCCAAUAGUACACUGGAUUCUACGGCUUAUCUAGAUUUCAGUGUUUCCACCUGCGGACGACUGAGUGGAGUUAUAAUAACACAUCGAUCUCUUUCAAGUCUGUGUGCCAGCUUAAAACUAGCCUGUGAAUUGUAUCCUAGUCGCCAUGUGGCACUCUGCCUUGAUCCUUACUGUGGGUUGGGCUUUUCCAUGUGGACAUUGAUCAGCGUUUAUAGCGGCCAUCACUCGAUCUUGAUAGCACCCUACGAAGUUGAAGCUAAUCCCAGUCUGUGGCUGAGUACUCUAUCACAGUAUCGAGUUCGAGAUACAUUCUGUUCGUAUGGUGUUAUCGAGCUGUGUACGAAGGCACUUAGCAACUCCAUCCAGAUGCUAAAGCAGCGCAAUGUCAAUCUUGGUUGUGUGCGAACCUGUGUAGUAGUCGCCGAAGAACGCCCCCGUGUGCAACUGACGCAACAAUUCUGCAAAUUAUUCCAGGCAUUGGGCCUGAAUACUCGUUGCGUAUCGACAUCUUUUGGUUGUCGUGUAAAUCCAGCUAUCUGCGUUCAAGGUGCUAGUUCGGCUGAGAGUGCACAGGUUUACGUUGAUCUGCGAGCUCUGCGUAACAAUAGGGUAGCACUGGUCGAGCGUGGCGCUCCAAACUCACUUUGCCUAGUAGAGUCCGGCAAGUUGCUGCCCGGUGUUAAAGUUAUAAUCGCUAAUCCGGAUAGUAAAGGGCAAUGUGGGGACUCGCAUUUGGGAGAGAUAUGGGUACAGUCGCCUCACAGUUCAAACGGUUACUUUACAAUCUAUGGAGAUGAAACCGACUACAACGAUCACUUCAACGCCAAAUUAGUCACAGGUUGUAGUAUCAGCGACACAUGGGCUCGAACGGGUUAUCUUGGUUUCCUGAGGCGCACCGAGUGUUCACAGGCUGGCUCGAUACUAGACGAAACUACACCAAGUAUCGCCAGUCGUGAUUCGGACAAUGAAUCGAUUCACUCACAGGGCCAUAACACGUUGAACUCGACAACGAGCUCCAAUGCGGGCAAUACAACAAUCGGUGGAAGUGGAAACGAAUUGGAAUUGCACGACGCAGUCUACAUUGUCGGUGCUCUCGAUGAAGUCAUAACUCUGCGUGGCAUGUACUACCAUCCGAUCGAUAUCGAGAACUCUGUCCUACGUUGUCACAAGAAAAUUGCCGAAUGUGCUGUUUUCACGUGGACGAACCUAUUAGUAGUGGUGGUAGAACUGGACGGAAAUGAGUCUGAAGCAUUGGAUUUGGUGCCAUUAGUGACCAAUACUGUUCUAGAAGAACAUCAGCUGAUCGUAGGAGUGGUUGUUGUUGUCGAUCCUGGAGUAGUUCCGAUCAACAGCAGAGGUGAAAAACAGCGAAUGCAUCUGCGAGAUGGAUUCCUUGCCGAUCAGCUUGACCCCAUCUAUGUUGCUUAUAACAUGUAAGAUGAGAACAACAACACACAUAACAACCGGCUGUAUGUAAAUCGUGCAUUGUGCGCCUUAUUCAUUACUGUUUAUGCCGGGAGAUAAACAUCCGGGAAAGCAUUGGUGAUACUAAUGCCAACUUUCGUACAUAGAAAAAAAUGUAUGCGGAUGAAAUACAACGCACAUCACAUAUACACACAAAUAUGCCUAGAAAAGCUGUUAAGCAACCGAUCGCUAAACUACAAAAAGAUCGCUAGGAUAGGCGAAUCAGUUAUAUGCUCUAAACUCCUUUGAUACAAAACGGGGUAAAUUUUACAAAUAGAACAUUUAUCUGAAUUUUUCACUGUAAAUAAUCUGUAUAUCGUUUGGACAAGGAAAGUUACUGAUUUAUUUUUUUCAUUAGAAGAAGGAAUAACGACUUGAAUUUUCAAUCGAUUCCUUAGUGAUUUUGUGUAUUCGUCGAAUGGAAUUUAUAUUGAGCUUAAUUGACGUAGGUCUUCGUUAGGUCUAAUGCAUAUAGGGAAGUUUAUUCCCUCUAAAAUAAAAACUACUUAUAAAUGGUAGCAAUUGUAUAUUUGAUUCUUGUGCACAAAGUUAUUAAAACCAUUUCAUUUGAUAUCUGUUUUCAGUAUUCAAUGUUUCCUAAUUUUUAAUUCAUAUUCCAUUAGUCUAUCAUUCAUAAGACAAAAAAACAGAAAUUGAAAAGUGAUGAUUGAUGCGUUAUUGUUUUUAAUUUCAUAAUCUAGUCUUUUUUUAUUUUGCUCUGUGUAUAUUUUUUACGAAAAUGGUUCUAACUACUUGAUCGCAUAAAGUAAGUUGAAAACUGAACGCUGGUUUUAGUUGUGAUUAUUACUUUUAUUUGUAAAUUGUGAAUAUUUUAACGCUAUAAACUGUCGGAUCUCUGUUUCUUAAGAUCACUUCUAAGCCCACGAUUGUCAUUAUCAUCAUUCCCCGGAAUAUACCAGCAGUUAGAUGUCCUCUCAAUACCUUUCCAAAAAUCAUCGAAACUAUCUUCAAGCGUAAUUUAAUAAAACACAUUAGCAGUUUAUUAACAAAUCAACAUUUAUCAAUCGCAUUGAUUACUAGACACGACAUACUGCAAAUUCUUUCUACUGUUUAGCCUACUGAAUGAAUUAGAAACAACUCCUUUUUGUAUACAUUAGUAGAAAGGAAUAUAGUGGCACACUUGAAAGAUAAUUUUAGGUGGCCGAAAGCUUCAAACUUUCUUAUUGAAAAAAGUGAAUCGUAUAUAUAGGAUCAGGCAUGUCAAAUUGCUAAAUGAAAGGAAUUAGACAAUUAGUUGAAUAUAACUUUACUAAUAUUUCGCAUACUUCUCUUUGAACACAUAUAUACAAAUACACGCAAGAAAAGAAAUUGCAUAUACAAGACAUAGACACGCCUAAAAUUUACAGAAAUGGAGCAAACUGCCAGAAACUAACAAAUCACUGAAAUUACAUUGUAUCUGUUUACUCUGUAGUAGUUUGUAACAAACAACAGCGGUACAUAAAAUCCCUAAAUUCGAACAUCCUGCCGAAAAUCAAAAAUGAGAUGAGACAUCAGCAAUAAAAAUACUGCAUUUUCGGCAAUCUCGGAUGAAACCGUAUAACGCUCACUAAAUCCUUUGUAUCUCUCUUAGUGAAGAACGCAUAGGCAAAACAGUUUGAAGUGGAUAUUUAAUUUAGAGAAUAAAUGUAUUUAGAAAAAUAAA